AUGGGCUCCUCUAAUACUCAACUCACCUCUAAGGUGACAUCUGGCUCACCUUACCAACUCGACAAGCCACAGGCCCUCAAAGCCUCCACGGCGCUGUUGAAGCACAUCAAGUCUACCCAGCAGGAGCAGGAGAAGACCGCGACCAAGAAGACCCUGAUUGGCGAUAACGAUUCUGAUGACGAGGACGCCGCAACCAAGAACGAGGCCGUCUGGCUCGUUCUCACCACCAAGCAGCAUGUCGUGGACAAGAACCGCGUCAAGGACAUCAUCGCCGACUCCACAUUCCCUCAAGACCUUUCCUCCCGCAUCGAAAAGGUCAUUGGUUUCUCCAAACUCAAGGCCCGCUACCAGAGCUUCGAGAGCCGUCGCCAGUUGUUCUCUGAGCACGAUGUCUUCCUGGCCGAUGAUCGCAUUGCUAUGCGCCUGGUUCAGACCCUCGGAAAGAUCUUCUACAAGUCUAGCAAGCGCCCAAUUCCUAUCCGCAUUGCCGAGAUUGAGAAGGUCGACGGAAAGCGCGUUAAGAAGGAGAAGAAGAGGCCCAAUGUGCCCACCGACAAGGACAUCAAGCACGCUUCUUUCGCCUCUCCCCUGAUUGUUGCUAAGGAGAUCGAGCGCACCCUGAACUGUGCCUCCGUGCAACUCGCACCCUCCACCACAGCCGCCGUUCGCGUCGGUUCAUCCAAAUUCACACCCGAGCAGCUGUCCGAGAACGUUGCAGCCGUUGUCAAGGGUCUGACUGAUAAGUUCGUGGCCAAGGGAUGGAGAAACAUCAAGGCAUUGCACAUUAAGGGUGCCAACACCAUGGCCCUGCCCAUCUGGCUCGCUGACGAGUUGUGGGUGGAAGAUGCCAACGUUCUGGAGGCUGCCCCCGAGACCGACGCUGCCAACUUCCCCAAGAAGCGCAAGGCUGUCACCGACGGCAAGUCAGUCGAGGAGAAGAAGACCAAGAAGACCAAGUCCGCAGAGGAUGAGGAAGAGGCUGCUUCUGUCGCUGCGCGGAAAGAGAAGCUCCAACAGCUCAAGGCCCAGGCUCUCGAGGAUGGCGAGACAAGCAAGCCCGAGGCACCCAAGGCUGGUGGCAAGAAGAAGAGAAAGUCGACUUCAUGA